UCAGGAGCCAGGGUAUCAUCGCUCCGGAGGAGGUAGCGUGUGUGUCGCGUCCCAUGGUGAGGCGCAGGGCGCUGUGGAGCUGCUGUUUGGGGCUCUUGUCGAAACCUUCAGUAGCCUGCGGGUGGCCGGUAAAGCAGCAGCGUGGCCGUAGUUGGAGAGCCAAGCAGCAGCAGGCGGAACCACCACCCGGGAGGACUCGCAGCCCGGUUAUGGACGACGAGGAAGACGAAACCCCGCAGGAGAGUUCUUUACUGAAAGAAAUGGAUGAAGAACAGCCUUUGUCUGCUUGCAGUCAUUAUCCUAAAGAAGCUCUAAGGAAGCGUCAGCAUUCAAGUCAAGGUUCCCGAGACAGUGAUUCCUCUCGGGUAUCCCGGAAAAGCUUCCGACUGGAUUACAGGUUGGAGGAAGAUGUCACAAAAUCGAAGAGAGGUAAAGAUGGGAAGUUUGCCAACCCUUGGCCAACGUGGAAAAAACCCUCUUUCCAUAAUAUUUUGAAGUGGGUUCUUACAGAGAAGGACAACAGCAAAGUUCCUGGUUCAAAGCAGGAACUUGACAGAGAACUUCCAUUAGUGCAGCCAUACUUUAUCCAAAAUCCAGAGUUAGCUGGAAAGACUGGAUCCGGUAUGCGAGUCACAUGGCUAGGACAUGCCUCAUUAAUGGUGGAAAUGGAUGAACUUACAUUUCUGACUGACCCUGUCUUCAGCCUUCGGGUUUCUCCAGUCCAGUGGAUGGGUCCUAAGCGUUUCCGAGGACCUCCGUGCACAGUAGAUCAGCUCCCCAAGAUAGAUGCAGUGGUGAUCAGCCACAACCAUUAUGACCAUUUGGACUACAACACUGUGUUGAAUUUAAAUGCUCGUUUUGGAAGUGACCUGAGAUGGUUUGUGCCCUUGGGUCUCUUAGACUGGAUGCAGAAAUGUGGCUGUGAGAACGUCAUUGAACUGGACUGGUGGGGAGAAAACUGUGUUCCUGGUCAUGAUGCAGUCACAUUUGUUUUUACUCCUUCCCAACACUGGUCCAAGAGGACUGCCACUGAUGACAACAAAGUUCUCUGGGGAAGCUGGUCUGUCUUGGGACCUUGGAAUAGGUUUUUCUUUGCAGGAGACACUGGCUAUUGUGUUGCAUUUGAAGAGAUAGGGAAAAGAUUUGGACCUUUUGAUCUUGCUGCUAUUCCCAUUGGAGCAUAUGAGCCAAGGUGGUUUAUGAAAUACCAGCAUGUGGACCCUGAAGAAGCUGUACGGAUUCAUAUAGAUGUUCAGGCAAAGAAGUCUGUUGGAAUUCACUGGGGGACGUUUGCUUUAGCCAAUGAGUAUUACUUGGACCCUCCAGCUAAACUGAAGGAAGCUCUUGAUAGUUAUGGACUGAAAACCGAGGAUUUCUUUGUCUUAAAGCAUGGAGAAUCCCAAGACUUAAAUAUCAGUAAUGAUGGAUUAGAAUAAAAAUACAUUCAGCUGUUCUGUAUGUUCUUGACUGGAAACAGGAGAAAAAAAUUAGAGUGGUAAUGUUUUUGUAACAAUUUAAACUGGAUUUUUAAAAUUUCAGGUAUGUUUGUGGAUGAUCUAACAGUUCCUUAAACCCUUGCAUACUAGCCUACCUAAUUGUAAAAUUGCAACUUUUUAAUAAUCCAAAUGGAAUUAUACAACUGAAUUAUAUUAACAACUAGCAAUAUUAUGUAAAUAAGCCCGUAAAAUGUGAUUUGGGCCAUUUCCACAUGGGUUUAUCUACCCCAGGUUCAUUCAUGCACCUCCUGGGUUUCUCUGAUCUUUCUUAAACCUGCUGUGGUGUGAUUUUUAGGAAAGAUCACAGUAAAGCCUGGAUGGCUGUUGUCUGGGUGGAAAAAUUCCCAUUUUCCUGCCCACGUCGCAGCCAUUUUCCCUGACAGUGGCCCUACUGCAGCCAUUUUCUCCCCCAGCUGCUGGAGGGCUUUUUUUUUGGGGGGGGGGGUUAAAAUUGACAAUUGAAUAUUUUUGUAUCAGGUAGCCUUGUAACAAAUAUGUACAACAGGUUCCUCAGAUUCCCAUCUUUCAUACAAAGUGGGGUGCAGUGGGUAGACACACUGAUUUUUUAAAAAAAUGAAAGCAAGGAAUUCAGGGAACCUGUUGCACCACAUAAAGAUAAGUUGAAAUAAUAAUCAAUUGCUGAUUUUUUUAAUAUGGAAAAAGCCCCAGUGGCCUGAAGGAGACGGAGAUGGCCACUGCUGGGGGACCUGGGCCGGGAAGCUGUGGGAACCCUGCCAUCUAGAAGCCCAUUGCUGCUGCACUGUAUCAGCAGCUGCACACAAACCUGUCCCUGUGUGGAAGCCAGCUUCAUCUUUAAAAAAUAUUACUUUGUUUACACAGCACUACUGACACAGGUCACUUGCUGGGAAUUACAUGUUGGUUGAUAGGGCAUGUGCACUCAGGGGUUCUUUGAUACUGCAGUUUCCAGUCUUGGAUGACUAAGCAACAUUAUUAAGUUUCCCACCCCAACCAAAACUGAGUGUCUGGUUCAGUAAUGGAAGGAAUAGUCCUGAAAACCAAGGCAGAAGCCCUGUGUGCCCAUGUAGAUUUGAUACAUGAGAGGCCACAGCCAGAGACAGGCAACUUUUAUAGGAUUCUGCAUACAUUUAUACCCAAAAGCUGUGGUAAUGGAACAAAAUUCCCUUCAAUGGCAGCCUAGCUUGCAUGUGCUGAAAGGCAUGGACCUCAGCCUGUAGAGUCAUAGAUGCACAAUGACCAUGGCUUGCAGAGCCACUUCCUGCCAGCAGAGAAAACCGCAGGUAUCCCUUUACCUCCUUCUUUCCUACCAAUCAUAUGAUCAAUGGAGGAUAUAGUUUCAGUAGUUCCAGUUGAAAAACGAUGGCUCCUGGGUGUUCAUAGCUGGGCUGUUGGCCUUGCCCUUGCAUCCUAAAAGCAUUUCUGGUAACUGUGUUUAGGAUAACCUUAGUUUACAAUCCACUCGCCUGUAAAACAGGCUCAUGCUGAAGUCUAGGCAGGUUUACUUGGGAGUAAGGCAGAGGUCAGUGGGACUUACUCUCUGAUAAGUAUGUUUAGGAUU